GAUAAUGGUGACUGUGCCUUUAAGAAGCAGUCCAGGCAGUGCAUGUUGGUGGUUUUAUUCCUCAGCGCACCUUCUGCUCCAUCACCAGACGAUGCACCCUGGCAACUUCUCACAGCAUCGGACCUGCAGCACAAAUGAGAGACCCUGAACAACAACGGUCAGCUUCAUAGACAUGUAAUGGAUCCAGUGUGACUGCUUCAAAUCCAUCCUGCCCAGCUGGCCUUUCAAACUCUGUAGCUAUGGCAACUUGUCCGAGAGGCUGCACCCCAGCGGUGCGCCUUUGUCAGAAACUGAACCGACUCAAGACACUGGAUGAUGACAUGAUGGCCACGUCGCUGAAACGCUGCCUCUCCACCCUGGACCUGACUCUGUUGGGAGUGGGUGGCAUGGUGGGCUCUGGGCUUUAUGUCCUGACAGGAACAGUUGCUAAAGACAUGACUGGGCCCGCUGUCAUCGUGUCCUUCAUUUUUGCAGGUAUCGCUUCUCUACUGGCUGCCUUUUGUUAUGCAGAGUUUGGAGCACGCAUUCCCAAAACAGGAUCUGCCUACAUGUUUACCUAUGUCUCUGUGGGAGAGGUGUGGGCCUUUCUCAUUGGUUGGAAUGUGAUUCUGGAGAACAUGAUUGGUGGAGCUGCUGUGGCACGUGCCUGGAGUGGCUACCUGGACUCCAUUUUUAACCACGCCAUCCAGAACUACACAGAGACUCACAUUAUGCAGUGGAACGUGCCCUUCCUUGCCCAUUACCCAGACCUCCUCGCUGCAGGGAUUCUAGUAGUUGCCUCGUUCUUCAUUUCCUUUGGAGUUCAAGUGUCCUCUUACCUCAACCACAUCUUCUCCACUAUAAGCAUGGGUGUCAUCAUUUUCAUCCUGGUGUUUGGCUUUAUGCUGGCUGAACCAGCUAAUUGGAGCGAGAAAGAAGGAGGUUUUGCACCGUUCGGGCUAUCUGGAAUACUGUCUGGCUCAGCCACGUGCUUCUAUGCAUUUGUCGGCUUUGAUGUAAUUGCUUCCUCAAGUGAGGAGGCAAAGAACCCACAGAAAGCUAUUCCCAUUGCCACUGCGAUCGCUCUUGCAUUGGCAGCGACAGCCUACAUCCUGGUCUCUACAGUGCUCACACUGAUGGUACCCUGGCAUACACUGGACCCCAACUCAGCUCUGGCAGAUGCUUUCUUCCGCCGGGGUUACAGCUGGGCUGGAGUUAUUGUGGCAAUAGGUUCCAUCUGUGCCAUGAACACCGUGCUGCUCUGUAAUCUCUUCUCCCUCCCUCGGAUUGUGUACGCCAUGGCAGAGGAUGGGUUAUUCUUCUCCAUUUUUGCACGCGUCAAUCCCGUCACCAAAGUCCCCGUCAAUGCUAUAUUGGUGUUUGGGAUCCUCAUGUCCAUUAUGGCUCUCAUCUUUGACCUGGAGGCCUUGGUUCAGUUCCUGUCCAUUGGCACCCUCCUGGCGUACACCUUUGUGGCAGCGAGUGUUAUUGUGCUGCGCUUUCAGCCUGAGAAAACCAGCUCCAAGGAAACCAGUUCCACAUCUCCCAACCCAAAUGCUGAGCCUUCCCCUGCCCCCUCAGAGUCUCAGACCAUAACUGAAGACAGCGGAGAGCUGAAGCAGUACGAGUCCUUCUCUGACAAACUCCAGCUGGUGGAGAGACAGGCGUCAAGAGAGCGGCGUGGUGUCGGGCAGCUGAAAGCCUACUGGGAACCGUACCUGGGAAAGCUGCUGGGGGACUGUGAGCCGGGUGAAGUGGUGGCCCUCUGCGUGCUGACUCUGAUAGUGAGCUCAGUCUCCCUCUGUGCCGUGCUAGAAUUUGGAACCAAACAGCUGCAGCUGCCACUUUGGAGCUUUACAAUGCUGCUGGUGAUCUUUAGCUUAGCCCUUGUUAUCAGCCUGGCACUCAUAUGGAUUCACGAGCCACAAACAAACAGCAAAACAUUCCAGGUACCUUUGGUUCCAUUGACUCCAGCUGCCAGUAUCCUCUUUAAUGUAUUCCUCAUGAUGAAGCUCAGCCAUCUAACCUGGAUUAGAUUCACCGUUUGGAUCGCUGUAGGUCUCUUCGUGUAUUUUGGCUAUGGGAUCUGGCACAGUAAGGAAGGCAGGCGGGAGCUGCAGCCCAAAGACAUGGCCGCCCGGUACGUGGUGUUGCCCAGCGGCAGCUUGGUAGAGACAGUGCAGUCUGUCCAGCCUGAGGGACAAGUGGACAGCUCGACGCAGCACAUCAGCCCCACCACUGCCCCGACAGCUGAGGAGUUUGUAGGAAAGAGAUGAUGUGUGACCAAACACAAUUAUUACUACUGCCUGGUAUUGUCUGUUGUCUCCCACUCAUAUGCUGUACUAUUACUCGUGUUCUUUCUGUAUCUCACUCCCUUUAGCGUGUGACUGGCCUGCCACAGUCUGUUCUCGUUGCUCUGCAAAUGUAAGCACACCACAGAAUGGGAUGCACGCUCUCUGUCUCGUUGUGAAGCCUAUUUGUAUAUCUUGUAAUACUCGAAUGUACAGUAGAGAGCUUUAUUACUGUCCUGUAAACUCCGAGCAUCAAAGUUGUGUUAUAUCCUUUAAGACCAGCUCUUCUCUUGCAACCUUUGUCAGAAUCCACAUGGUUCUAGGUUAUAUAUGGUGCUUUCUUUGUGACAAACUUUCAGUUAAGUAUACUCAGUGGAAGAUUUUUUUAAAUGCUAACACGGAUCUGAAGCUGGAAAAUCAACAUUCACUAACACUUUUGAAGAUGUCAUUUUGAGCAUAUGAAGCAUUCAUACAUUGCACGUUUGUUUUUGUUUUUUUUAGCUAAGCAGCGGAAUGCACCGACUUUUGCAAGUUUACAUUUUUUGCCUACUUUUCUCACAUUUUUCACCCCAAGCUCUAAUCAUUUGGAUCUUCUUAGUCCAUCUGCUCCAUUUGGUACUCAUAGAUUGCCCUAAUUAUAGUGAUUACUGACAAAUUAUUUAAUCCCAUAUUCUAAGAUAUGUAUUUAUUUUUCUACAAUUACUGUUGAUACGUUGCUCUUAUAUCACUCUUAUAUCUUCAGUUUCCUGUUUCUGUUAUUUUUGUGUUUCAGUAUGUUUUGCAUGUACCUCUAUUAAGUCUCCUGUAAUUUAUGUUCACCUUUUAAGUGGCUGACAACACUUCAGUGCUUCAUUUAAUCCCCUAAACCUCAUCUCAUGACCCUGCUCUUAUUUGUGUCACUGAUCUUGCUCUUGUGCAAUCUUUUCUCACGCACAUUUAGACAGCAUCCCGUUACCCUUUCUCCCAGUUGGUAUGAGAUUAGAAAUCAAAGCUCAUGAAAAACUGAGCUUUUAUUUAUUUUAUUAACUGAGAGAUAAGGAGCACAAAUAAGGCAUGCACAAACCUAGUGAAUGUGAAUCUUCACACAGGGUAGAAAAUGGGCAGAUUGGUUAUUAUGUCAAACCUCGGAUGUGCUCCAUCUCUCCGAGGCCUCCGUAAUCCCAGCAGAUUUGUAUUAGUCCCUGUCGCCAGUCUGCAGUUUGACCUAGAUUAGAGAAGCACACGUGAGAAUGCUCAUACAGAUAACAUUCCCACAGAAUACUCUUGUAAACAGCAGUGUCAAUAAGUGAACGUGAGGCUUUAUUUUUUAUAACAUAAGUAAAUGUACUUAAAAGAUCCCAAUGAAUUUUAUGUUUUUGUCGAUUUCAGUUUGUGUUUGCAUGUGUUACAUAAGAAACCGAUGGCCUUAAACGUGCUGUAAUCGAUGCAGACUGAUUCCCAAAGUUAAAGUAAUCAGUCUUGAUGAUUUUGUCGUUAAAUUAAUUUCUCAGUUAGAUAAAAAGUUCUGCACAAAGACGUCAUGCUUUCUAGUUAUUAAACCAAAACACAAACAUAGAAGAGAGCGUACAGUAAAGGAGGCAUUUUUGGCGUGAUUUCAUAGAAUUUUGUACAACUUUGCACACUGAAAACUAUUGUCUGAUAAUUUUCUGUUUGACAGUUUUAUGCUUUGGAUGUUGGGGCCAGUGACAGAUGUUGAUACUGUGGUGCUUUUUUAAGCUGAACGUUCUCUCACCUCUUUCUCUGUCUCUUUUGUGCCAGGAAGCACAGUUAUAAAUGACCCAAUUCUUUUCUUACUUCUGAAUAGUAUUGUACUCUGUACUUGCACAUUAAGUUAUCAACUCUUUCUGUUAUUGUGUAUGUCUGUAUAAAAUGCAAACGAUUGUGUUAUAAGUAAAAAAUAAAUGUUUUGAAGCAG